CAGGUACCUUGAAAUGCUAUUCUCUCUCAAAAAAAAACUUAUGGGCCUAGCUAGUGCAUCUACCUUUAUUCCUCCAUUACAUGAGCUUCUGCUAUAAAUAGCUUCCCUUAUUCUCCAGUUCAUAUCUCACUUGCAACAACUCACAGUGGAAAAAAAGCGAAAAAACAAGGGAGCAAUGAAGCCACCCCAUAUACCAGGAGAGGGCUCAUGGAUCCACGAGGUUAAACAAGCGAUCGGCGAUAAGCUGCGGAGGCUAUGCACCGCUGCGAUAAUUUCGUCGCCUGUAUGCAAUUCUUCACGCAAGGGAUUGAGCUUCGAAGAUCCCAUAAGAAGAGUGAUGUUCUUGGGGCCGUGGGGCCACACAUAGAUCUAUGUAUCUAAAACAAAGGCUAUAAAAUGUUGUUGUAUGCUUUCAGUUUCGCUUUUGGGUCCUGAUGGAUGGCAAUUAAAUAAUGCAACACAAGAUCAGAAUACAUAAAUUCAAUUUGAUGAGUUGGGUAAACUGUUUAAGCUUGUUGAUAUUAUGUUUCUGAACAUAAUCUAUGGCAACAAUAACAUCAGGAAUAUAAAUCGUGUUGUCACAA